GCGGGCGGCCGGCCGGGGCACCGGAGCUGCUGGUGCUGCUGCUGCGGCCGGCGGCUGCACCCGCGUCGCCGAGGCCGAGACGGAGGCCAGGGUGCACGCUUGGAGAACUUGCCUAAUCCGCGCGGCUCGGCUGCACCGGCCUUUGCGGCCGCUUGAGCGUCUUAACUGGUCUCUGCGUUGCCCCGACAACGAUGCGGCUGUUCCGGUGGCUGCUGAAGCAGCCGGUGCCCAAGCAGAUUGAGCGUUAUUCGCGCUUCUCGCCGUCGCCGCUCUCCAUCAAGCAGUUCCUGGACUUCGGGAGAGAUAAUGCAUGCGAGAAAACUUCAUAUAUGUUCCUACGAAAGGAGCUUCCUGUGCGCCUGGCUAACACAAUGAGAGAAGUUAAUCUUCUGCCAGAUAACUUGCUUAACCGCCCUUCGGUGGGAUUGGUUCAGAGUUGGUAUAUGCAGAGUUUUCUUGAACUUCUCGAAUAUGAAAAUAAGAGCCCUGAAGAUCCACACGUCUUGGAUAACUUUCUACAAGUUCUAAUUAAAGUCAGAAAUAGACACAAUGAUGUGGUUCCUACAAUGGCCCAAGGAGUGAUCGAGUACAAGGAGAAGUUUGGGUUUGAUCCGUUCAUUAGCAGUAACAUCCAGUAUUUUCUGGACCGGUUUUAUACCAACCGCAUCUCUUUCCGCAUGCUUAUUAACCAGCACACACUUCUGUUUGGCGGGGACACCAAUCCUGCUCAUCCCAAACACAUCGGAAGUAUUGAUCCCACUUGUAACGUGGCCGAUGUUGUGAAAGAUGCAUAUGAAACUGCCAAGAUGCUUUGUGAACAGUAUUAUCUGGUAGCUCCAGAGCUGGAAGUUGAAGAAUUCAAUGCCAAAGCUCCAGACAAACCUAUUCAGGUAGUUUAUGUGCCCUCACAUCUGUUUCACAUGCUGUUUGAGUUGUUCAAGAACUCAAUGAGAGCGACCGUUGAACUAUAUGAAGAUAGAAAAGAGGGCUACCCAGCUGUUAAAACCCUGGUUACUCUGGGUAAAGAAGACUUAUCCAUUAAGAUAAGUGACCUCGGUGGUGGGGUCCCACUACGAAAAAUAGAUCGUCUUUUUAACUACAUGUAUUCAACUGCUCCGAGACCUAGCCUGGAGCCUACGAGAGCCGCGCCGCUGGCUGGAUUUGGUUAUGGCUUGCCAAUUUCUCGUCUGUAUGCUAGAUAUUUUCAAGGAGAUCUAAAACUCUAUUCUAUGGAAGGCGUGGGUACUGAUGCUGUCAUUUAUUUGAAGGCUCUUUCAAGUGAAUCAUUUGAGAGACUUCCAGUUUUUAAUAAGUCCGCAUGGCGCCAUUACAAGACCACACCUGAAGCUGAUGAUUGGAGCAAUCCCAGCAGUGAACCCAGAGAUGCUUCCAAAUACAAGGCAAAACAGGACAAGUUCAAGACUAACAGAACUUUGUAAAGAACUGAAUGCUUCAUUCCUCUCCAUGAAGAAAAGAUGGUCUUCUGCAAGUCACCCAGAAAGAACUCCUUUCCUCCACCAACUUUGCGUGUGGCACCAUAGUUAAUCCAGUGUCUGAAUGUGUAUUUUCUCUCUGUAUGAGGUGGACCUUUUCCACAGAAGUUUCCUGUAGCUACUUCAGAUCUUCCACUAAAGUAGUAACUCAAGUCAUUUUUCGUAGUAUGUUGCCGUGGUUUGGUUGGCGCCUGUCAUAAGGGGACACAGAACCUCGUUAGCACUCGCGUCCUCACACCUCUGUCCUCGUUAUCAGAGUGUCUACAGUCUCCCCAGAUUUCUCAGCUCCCUCCCCAUUGCAGAUACAGCGAUCUCUACUGUUGCUCUUUGUGACCAAAUACCAUGUUUGUCCCAAACCACCAGCUAAGGCCUGGGGAGUCUGGAAGUUGAGGACGUCAGCUUAGCAUGUCUUGAUAGUUCGGUCCCUGGGCCCUUCCUUUCUCUUGUGCAUCCGCCCUCGCUCUCUGAUUUA